UCCGCGCCCCGCCCCCCCCGCUCCGACUGCGGGAGUCGCGCCCUCCGGCCCAGCGUUCCCGAACUUGCUCUAACUUCCUCGGCUGAGCCGGGCCGCGCCGCCGCCGCCGCUGCUGUCGCCGCCGCCGCGCCCGGGUCCCGCUUCUCAGAAGAUGCACUAUUAUAGAUACUCUAAUGCCGAGGUCAGCUGCUGGUACAAGUACCUCCUCUUCAGUUACAACAUUGUCUUCUGGUUGGCUGGUGUUGCCUUCCUUGGAGCCGGACUGUGGGCAUGGAGCGAAAAGGGGGUGCUGUCCGACCUCACCAAAGUGACCCGACUGCAUGGAAUUGACCCUGUGGUGCUGGUCCUCAUGGUGGGCGUGGUGAUGUUCACACUGGGGUUUGCUGGCUGCGUGGGGGCCCUGCGGGAGAACAUCUGCCUGCUCAAGUUUUUCUGUGGUGCCAUCGUGCUCAUCUUCUUCCUGGAGCUGGCCGUGGCGGUGCUGGCCUUCUUGUUCCAGGACUGGGUGAGGGAUCGGUUCCGGGAGUUCUUUGAGAGCAACAUCAGAUCCUACCGGGACGACAUUGACCUGCAGAACCUCAUUGACUCCCUUCAGAAAGCCAACUUGUGCUGUGGGGCGUAUGGCCCCGAGGACUGGGACCUCAAUGUCUACUUCAACUGCAGUGGCGCCAGCUACAGCCGUGAGAAGUGCGGGGUGCCCUUCUCCUGCUGUGUACCGGACCCCGCGCAAAAAGUUGUGAACACACAGUGCGGAUAUGAUGUCAGGACUCAGCUGAAGAGCAAGUGGGAGGAGGUCAUCUUCACGAAAGGCUGCAUCCCGGCGCUGGAGGGCUGGCUUCCGCGGAAUAUUUACAUCGUGGCCGGUGUCUUCAUCGCCAUCUCACUGCUACAGAUAUUUGGCAUCUUCCUGGCGAGGACCUUGAUCUCGGACAUUGAGGCAGUGAAGGCCGGCCAUCACUUCUGAGGAGCAGAGGUGAGCGAGCGGAGCUGAGCCACACCGUGGAGGCCAGAGCCCUUCACUGUCGUCAACUGUAUGUCCAGAGGGAGAGAAGUGGAUGCCCCCCGCCACAGCCAGCACCCUGUCUUCAGCAUCAGCGUGACGUGACCUCUUUGAUCCUGCUUGCUGGUGCUGAAGACCGAGGGCUCCUCACCUGCAGGAACUUGGGACCAAGACCCCCACGGGGGUCUACCCACAGAUGGAAUAUGUCUUUAGGUGGGGGUGGUGACUGAGGGACACACGGCUCCUAUGGCUGCAAGGGGGGUUUGACUCAGUCCUCCUGGAACCCAAACGUGUCUGCAGGGUAUCCUGGCCUCUUCACCACUCGUGUCAUCGAUGUUGGUCCGGAGUGCAGCCAUGUCUUCUUUGAGUGGGUUGUGCGUAGGGGACCCACAGGCAUGGACAAGGCUCCCAGCAGGGAGGGGAGGGGAGAAGAACAAGCGGGCCUCUGAGGCUGGGGGCCUGUGCUGUCUGCACGAGUUGGGGUGCUUGCAGGAUCCUCAGCCGUGUCCGAGUGAAGUAAGCCUGAGCCAGUGCAUGGACUGGUGUGGAGGAGAGCCUGGUCUGCCGUCCUCCCGGCGGCCAAGAACUGCGUCUGGUCGCUCAGCAUUAAGCCCUGAGGGCGUGGGGGGGACCGUGGGCGUGGUUCUCCUCAGUGGGGCGCUCUUUUCCUUAAGGAUGUAAAUAGUUUAUUUAUAGGGGUAAGAAUGUUCUCACAGCAUCUCUUCAUUUCCUCUGGCGUUCUCCUCUAAGCAGCCUUACAGUGUCUGGGACUGAAGACACCCCGCUCACUUCCCUUGCAUCUUCAGAACCAACCCCAUCAGCUUAUCCUUUCAGUCCCUAACCACCCAGGGGCAUGUAUGUGCUCCCCUUCCUCUGUGCACCCCCAACGCACACACACCCACUGUUCCCAGCUUGGCCUCGCUGUCUUCUGGUCUUGGUGCUACUGAAACUGUCACCCGGAACUUGAAUCCUGACUGUCCCCCGACUGCAAGGCCAAGGAGCCCCAGCCAGAGAUGGCCAGCCUGAAGCCUUUGGCCAGGGCUCCCCUCGAGGCCACAUGCUAAGGGCCAGCUGGCUGGCCUGGCGUUGCCUCUCCCUGGAGAGAGAAGCUCUGGCCAGGCCCUUGUGUCGAGCCGCAGUCCCCGGCCUGGAGCUGCGGACAAGCUCGGGACUUUGUUGUUAACUGAAGGUGACUCCCCUCCCCGACCAGGAUGUCUGUGGUCACCGUGUCCACCCCUCCUAUCGGGGCUCUUCUGGGAUUGCUCUUGGAAAUGAAGUCUGUCUCGUGUACUGAACCGUUCCCCUACAGGGAUAGCUGGGCCUCUGGGCAUCUUUGGGCUACUUUCUAACACUUCUCUGGAUCUUGUACCAGUUCUGUCCUCAUUGUUUCAGGGAUUGAGUGCUACCUUCACUGACUUGCUAGUGUGGUAUAUACUGGUGGGUGUUUGUUGACGAUGUUGUUAUAACUUUUUUUUUUUUUACAAUUUUCUCUGUAGACAAGGGGAAGAAGAAUGGUUGUGUUUUUAGAAAGUGUGAUGCUUUUCUUUGACUGCCAAACUCUUUUAUGGAAUAUAUCUUUAUAUUAAUGCUGUUGUUUUGGUGGUUUUUUGUUUGGGGUCACAUCAAGAUAGCAUUAAGCAUCUCAGUGGUAAACUCGACUGCCAAGGGAACCAGCAGGAUAGGGUGUGGCUAGACACGACAGGAGGGAAUGGUAAAGGCCUUCUAUUGUUGGCACAGCCCGAAAUUUAUCAAGUGAGUUUUAGACUCUGAGCCACUUUCAGUUAUCCUUUGUGUGGAGGUUACAACUGGCACGACCUGGCUUAGCUCUGCCCAGCUAGAAGCACAUGGUAACAGAACUUUGACUUCAUAGGUCUGGAGGAAACGUUCUUUUAGGUUCUUUCUGUCUAGCCCCAGGCAGUAAGAUCCAGGCAAAAGAGCUUGGGGACACGAGGUUGGAAUGGGCCGCUGCAUGAGCUGUGUGCCCUGUACCUGCUGGCCUAUUUGUGGUGGGGGUUUCUGGCAGUGCCCACCUUGUCAGGUACCUCUGACGCAGCCUGCCUUGGGGGAAUUGGUGGCCCCCGACCUCCCUGCCAGUGUGUGGGACCAACAGCUCCCUGUGUUCAGGUAGACCUAGUGGAUGGAGCCCUUGCAAGUCUCUUCACAGGUCACACAGCCCAGUUCAGGAUGAAGUCUAGCUGUGACUUGUUCAGUUGGGUUUGUUUUCUAAUUAGUUUAUACAACUUUUCGGCCACUUUUAGCCAUGUCAUCUGACGCUGACUAGUUGGAUGAGGAUAGAAAAGAAGCGUAGGGUAAGGGGUAUGUACAUGGGUUUCUUCGACAGACAUGGGCUCUGCACAGAGCCCAGUGCAGCCCUGCGGUCACACCCCACCCAGCCUGCCCCGAAUUCCCACCUACCCACUGUUCUCUCAGACGGGCGUGGGGGCCAGUGUGGGAGCUCUGCACUUCCCCCUCAGCCCCUCAUAUACACUUCAAAGUUUCAGGAUCUUUCCUUAUCUUUCCUGUACUCUCCUGCCCAUCACCUCCCAGGGCUUUGCUAUAUUAUUUUUCCCACUUCUGCUCCGUCUCACCCCAUCACACACAUCCCCACCCCCAAAAGCUUGCCGUGGUUCUCUGCCUUCCCCACUUUCUUUCCCAGGCAGCUUCUGGUCUAGGUUCUCUGUAUUCUUCUCACCACAACCCACCGCUUUCCUCACUUGACUGAAAGCUGCUCACGCCCGUCCCCAAACUCAAGGCCUUUAUUGACCUCUUCAGUGCCUGACACUUUGGACCCUCCCCUCAGAAUCUUCUGCCUCUUCGGCCCAGGCACACACAUCCUUGACUCUUCCACCCAUCCUUGUCAUGCCUCCAGCCAUACCUGCCACUGCCUGGCUCACCGUCUGCAGGGGUCCCACUGCCCACAGGGCAAGGCUGGGAGCCUGGCAGGAAAACCAUCUGCGCUGGUGCACGAGAAGCCGGGGCUUGGUUUCCCCACAUAAGUAACAAAAAUGAAUGGAUACAGAACUUUUGGAACAUAGGAAGAGCUCAAAAUACCUAACGGUAAAAUAAACUCAUCCAGUCACCAGAACAGCUCCGAGGAAGCUAUUUUUGUGCCCCAAAGGUGAGGCACUAGGAGAAAGGUAAGUUGCUGUCGAGGAUUUGGAAGACCGGGGUUGAAAUUCUGGAAGCCUUGGCCCAGAUCCUGUCCCUGCAAAUAAAAUAGGAUGUUUGGUACCUGCCAACCCUGAAUUCUGAAUCUCUGAUUGGCUCCUGCUGCACAAAACCACAGCAAGGGCAAGCCUGAGAGGAAGUGUGUCCCUGAAGAUUGUCCUGUUAAUUGGACUCUGUGGCAGGUGACAGGCAUUUAAAGAAAGCUGGAGGGUCCUGAUCCCCACCUCUAGACCUGCAUCUGGGUGCCGGGUUUUGUUUGACAGCCUGUGGGGGCGAGCAUGUGCUCCCUAAGGAGCUCAGCCCCACGCUGCACUGGAGGUCCUGGUCGGGACAGCACUCACUUCUCUGCAAGGCCAGAGGGCUUGGUGGUGGUGGUGCUGAUGGUGGGACACUGAGCACUUCGAAAUAGCCUUUUCUCUGGGAGAUACCAUGCAGGGGCUGCCACUGGGACGGUAAUGGGUGUGCAUGAGUGUGGGCCACUGUGACCUUAGGGACCCCAGGGGAGAGCUCCCCAAAAGAAUCUGGGGAGGGCCUCAGUCCCGGCAGCAGGGGCCACCUGAUCACUUCUUGGCCAGCAGCCUCAGCCUGGACUGUAAAGGCACAGAGAAAGAAGAGGGUCUGGUAGUAGUCCCAGCACCUAGGGCCAGUCCUGGGAAGGGCCUGCGCAGGUGUCAGGCCCUCGGCCCCACCCAGUGGUCUAGUGUUCUUAGCUAUACCCAGUGAGUAGGACGGCUGUGUGACCUUCACGGGUCGGCCUUUCCAGCUCUAGGGUCAUAUGUGGGGUCUGUGUCCACAGGGCCACAGGGAUUUUAGAUGAUCUGCCCCUAAACUGUGGUAACCCGUCCCCAGGGAUGGAGUUUGGUGGAGGUGCUCCCCUCCACUUGUGUCUGUCACCCAAGAGGACGCUCCCUGACCUUCCAGGGCACGCUGGUCUCUUGCAGCACUGUUCUCGUUCAUUUGGGCAUGCGCUCCCCAAAUUGAGAGACCUGUCCACUUUUAGGCCCUUUUUAGCUCGUAAGUCAGCAUGACCUGGCUUUUCCUCCUCAAAGACUGCAAUGAAGGUAUGUUCAUUCUCAAAAUGCUUGUGGGGUCCCCAAGGUGCCUCAGAAAAUCCUGAAGGUGAGCACUGUAGAUUGGGGACUGUUUACAACUUUAGGAGGAAGAAAAAGGUGAAGGGCACAUUUAAGUGGAUGCUGUUCUGGUGAAGUGGACAAUUUUAGAGACCUCAGUUUUGGAGAACGAGAAAGUAAGUAUUCCUGAUGAAGUUCUGAGGCUACUAUUUCUUCACUCUGAUUUCUUCCUGUGCUCUGCGUCUUGUAUUUUAGCCAGGGCCUCAAACGAUGGUUUAAUAACUACCGAAAUAAAUUACCACCUUGGACUGUAAUUUUAUCACCUCAAAUGACUUUUAAACUAGUCUCUUUUUUUAAUUUAUAAGUAAAGGCAAUGUAAGCAUAGGCGAGUGUAAAGUAGGUCUUCUGUUCCCCAGAGGCAACCACCAUUAAACACCCUUCCAGAAAAUGGUGACGCAUAUUCAAAUGGCUUUUUCGCACAAAUGAGAAUCAUAGUUUACGUAGUAUUCUGCAAUUAAUUUUACUUAAUGGAUCUCAGAACUAUUUCUCCAUUGCCGCACACCUGCCCAUGGUGCAUUGUCACGGCCACGCUAUCUGUCGUGGGACUGCCACGAGUGAAUGGACCCUGGUCUGUACAGGGGAGUAUGUUUACAGUCCCAGGUAACAGAAACCAAGUUCAAACUGGUCUAAACAAUGAGGGGAGGUUUUUGGCUCCUGAAACUGGAAAGUCCAGAGGUGGGGUGAGUUUCAGGGUGGGUUAGAUCGGCGUGGCUCAGUGACAUCAGCAGGAUCCAGUUUCCUUUCUGCUCUGCCUUCCCCAGUGUUCCCGUCACCAAGGCAGAGGGAGGGAGACCCUCCACGGACAACCUUGUGCCUGCCGAUGGCGUUGUGCUGAAGCCAUUGAGGGAGGGCCCCCCCGAUUCCACCCUGAAGCGCCUGUGCUUGUCCGUCCCACUGACACCCAGUCUCCUGUGGGAGGGGAUGAGCACUGGACAGGCCGCCAACACCCGCUACACUGCUGUAGCUGGAUGUUUGACUUGGUGCGGUGUUUUGCUCUUAGAAGGGCUUAUGAAAACCCCACGGUAUUUUAUUAUUUGAAUUACUUCCUAGAAGGGUUUGUAAGAAAAACGUGUUUUUUAAAGGAGUUCUCCAGGAAGGUGGGCUGAUACGGUAAUGAGUGGGCGUUCGGGCCUGGGGUGUGCCCAGUGCUGCCGGGCCGUGCCUGGUGUGUGUGGGGGGGUGCCCCGAGCAUCUGCAGUACAAUAGCACGGAAGCUCUACAACAGCACAGGUUCUACAGGGAGCCCGAGCUCCCACCUGUGCCUGGGGACGUGGCUGGUCACGUGAGAACGGAAUGGUUUUGGGGGGCAUCCUCGUGUGUAGGUAAGGACACGCACUUGAGGUCCAGUGCAGCCCCCAGGGUUGCACAGGGAGUCAGCUGCAGAGCCUGGGCAGGUGCCAGCUGGCUGUAGCUCUGGGAUGUGGCACUUGUGAUGUCAGGAGCAGCCUCAUCUCACUGAACGCCCUGGUGCCCUGUGAUGGGUGGGGCUUUGGGGUCCAGACAGCUCACUACCUGAUUGCCGCCCCCAAUGGCUGGGGUGCUUCUGCUUCUGGAGAAGGGCAGCACCCACUUGGGUCGGCUCUGCCUGCUUGCAUGUCCACUUCCCCAGAGAGCCAGGUACAAGUCACAUGUCAGGUGGACCCAGGGUAAGUGGGAAGGUAGCAGGGCUCGGCUUUGGGGAGUGGCUCUCCGGUGGAGACGGGUAGGGCUGUGGUGGGAUCUUCCAUUUCCUGGUGCCAGGCUGUUCCUGUGGGUUAGGACCUGUGCUGUGAUGGGAGCAGUACUGAGCCUGAGUUUGAGCUUAGGCCCAAAACAAAAGAAAAACCCCAAGGCCUUAGUUAGUGCCCCAGUUCCUUCAUUUGGGAAGUGGAGAUAGUUUUCUUUAUUUCACAGGGUUUCUGGGAGUAUUAAAUGAGUGUAAAUGAAAGCUCGGGAAACGUGAAAGGCGCUAUUGGCUCCCCAGUCACCAUACCCACCGGUCCUAUAGCCUGUGGCAUGUUAUUUAACUUCUCUGAACGCUUAUUGUAAAAUGGGGAGAAGAAUACCGCCACGUAGGCUUUCACGGAUUGAAUGAGAUGAGGUGGGUAAAGCGUUCUAACACAGGACCAGAUUACUUAGUACAUAUCCCUAAUUAUCGCUUCCAUAAUUGUUAAAGACGUUUUAUCAGUGGCUGCUUGUCCCCACCAGGCUGAGUCUCCUGGGUUACAUGUGACAACAGCUCCAUCUCCCAGCCAGGCUGAAAUGAAACGACCCACUUCCUUCUCCUUUUAGGAACAAGGCUUUGAGGCCUUCGGGAUGCCUCAGCAGGCAUUUGGAGUUCAAGAUCUGUUUGCUUUCUCUGUCAUAGGGGUGGGGAGGCAGGAGAGAGGGUUGCUUCUUGCCUGGGGUGUAGAUCCUGCCAGAAACCAGCACAACCCAAGAAGUUGCCCUGGAGCCCCCAGAGGAAGCAAAGUGGGCUUGGCUGUCUAUAGAGGCUGGCCCAAGGGAGCCGGCAGAGGCGCCACAGGCUGCCUUCGAGGAGCCCAAGAAGUGUGGUCUGUGGGAGAAACGGGGUUAGAGUACCUUGGAAUGGAAAGGCAUUGCAGG